UACACGUUUGAAAGCGCUCGCGUCCAGGCUGUGCAUUCGGUCGAGAAAAUGCAGGCGUGUGUCCAGAAUUAAUUUCCAUGAGAUUACCAAAGGAGUGCAAAGGACAACGUGGUGAAAUCCCCGGGGCCAUCCUUGGGGGAUUUAGCUGAAACUUAUAAUCAGCUUCGAUCGACCCUUGGAGAAUACGGAUGCCAGUGCGCAAUACUUAACGCUGGGUUUUCUUCCCCACUUCAGAGGUUUCCUACACCUGAAAGAAGAGAAUGUCAAGACGAAGCACCCGUUUACAAGCUAAGCAGCAUGCCCAGUCCAGCCAGCCAGACUCCCCCCAAGAAGCCCACAUAAUGCAAGCCAAGAAGAGAAAAACAGCACAGGAUGUCAAAAAAAGAAAAGAAGAAAAGGUCACCAGGAAACAUCAAUAUGAGAUAAGGAAUUGCUGGCCACCUGUAUUAUCUGGAGGAGUCAGUCCUUGUAUUCUCAUUGAAACGCCCCACAAAGAGAUAGGAACAAGUGACUUCUCUAGAUUUACAAACUACAGAUUUAAAAAUCUUUUUAUUAAUCCUUCACCUUUGCCAGAUUUAAGCUGGGGCUGCUCCCAGGAGGUUUGGCUGAACAUGCUAAAAAAGGAAAGCAUGUAUGUUCAUGACAAGAAUUUCGAAGUUCUGCAUUGUGACCUAGAACCACAGAUGAGGUCAAUACUUCUAGACUGGCUUUUAGAGGUAUGUGAAGUAUACACACUUCAUAGGGAAACAUUUUAUCUUGCACAAGACUUUUUUGAUAGAUUUAUGUUGACACAAAGGAAUAUAAAUAAAAACAUGCUUCAACUUAUUGGAAUUACCUCAUUAUUCAUUGCUUCCAAACUUGAGGAAAUCUAUGCUCCCAAACUCCAAGAGUUUGCUUAUGUCACCGACGGUGCUUGCAGUGAGGAAGAUAUUGUAAAGAUGGAACUCAUUAUACUAAAGGCUUUAAAGUGGGAGCUUUGUCCUGUCACAGUCAUCUCCUGGUUACAUCUCUUUCUCCAAGUUGAUGCUCUUAAGGAUGCUCCUAAAGUUCUUCUACCUCAGUAUUCUCAGGAAACCUUCGUCCACAUAGCCCAGCUUUUGGACCUGUGUAUUCUAGCCAUUGACUCGUUGGCGUUUCAGUACAGAAUACUGGCUGCUGCUGCCUUGUGCCAUUUCACCUCCAUCGACGUGGUUAAGAAAGCCUCAGGUUUGGAAUGGCAUAACAUUUCAGAAUGUGUAGACUGGAUGGUACCUUUCGUCAGUGUAAUAAAAAGCGCUAGUCCAGUGAAACUGAAGACUUUUAAGAAGAUACCUAUGGAAGACAGACAUAAUAUCCAGACACAUACGAAUUAUUUGGCCAUGUUGGAUGAAGUCAAUUAUGUGGACACCUUUCGAAAAGAGGGACAGCUGUCACCAGUGUGCAAUGGAGGCAUUAUGACACCACCGAAGAGCACAGAAAAACCUCCAGGAAAACACUAAAGAUGUGAGCUAAGCAAACAAGUUGGAAUUGAGCAAUAUUAGCUUGAAUCUACAGUUUUACAAGAAAACACCUUUGAUUAUCAUUGCCAAUUCAGAUAUUACACUGCCAUUCUUUGAUUUAAAAAACACGAUUGGCACUAAAGAAAUGUACUUACUUCCUAUGUGAGCUGUUAAAGAAACAGCAGGACAUGUUUACAAAGAUGACUUCCUUUCUGGGGUUACUGGACAGAAGCCAACCAUGAUUUAUGCCAUGGCAUUUUAUUUUAUUUUUUUUGGAUGCAGUGUUACUGUAUUUGUCUUGAUAAACUAGGGCUUUUAUCAUUGACUUUUUGGACUACGUAAGUGCUACCUUAAAGGGUACAUUAAGUGAUACAGUACUUUGAAUCUAGCUUUUAGAUUCUUAAAAUUCCUAUACUCUUGACUAGUGCAAUUUGGUUUUUGAAAAUAAAAUUGAAAUUUGUUUACAAAGGUUUAGUUUUGUAAUAAGGUGACUAAUUUAUCUGUUGUAGAAAGCUAUUAUAAAACUUGAAUUUUUACAAAUGGUGAAAUUAAUUUUUAGCUAGUUUAUUUGCCUUGCCAUAUUUCCCAAUCAGUAAGGUGUCAAUGAAGAUGAUGUUUAAACUGCUCUAAACAGUGGGAGUACCAAAGAAAUGAUAAUGAGAGAAAUGCUAUUGCUCCUACUUGGGGCAUUAUCAGACAGAGGUUGCUUUAUAAUAACCUUUUUUGUAUGUCACAAUUUGGGUGAAAAACUUAAGUACCUUUUCAAACUAUUUAUAUAAGAAAGUCACUUUAUUACUCUUAAGAUAUCCCUAUGAAUUUUUUAAAAUUUAGCAGGACUAAGGCUUUAUUUAUGUUUCCAAAACUGUUAAAAGUCCAUUUUAAAUUCCUACAUUAUGAGAUGUGGACAGUGUCAAAAAUUAAAGUUUAACAUUUGACCUAAAUUUUCUAUUUUAAGGCAGAAAAAUAUUAAAUGUAUACUGACUCCUAGAAAUCUAUUUAUUAAAAAAAACUUGACAUAGAACUUGUUGUAUAUAAACUAGCUACUUCCACAUAAUUAUUUUAAAUCAACCUUUUUUAGAGAUAACUUCAGUCUCAAAAAGUAGAUUUAAGUAGAAAGUUCUACCAGACUGCUAGUUACCAGACCUGUGAACCUCUUCUACCUUUGAAGAAAUUGUAAAUUAAAGCUACUGUUAUGGUAUGAAGUUUUCUAUAUAGUAUUUGUUUUUAAACUAAUGCCUCAGUAUUUUGUCUGAAAAGAAAACACCACUAAAUGUGUAUAUAUGUAUU